CGUCGUUCCGGCUUCCCCCCUCCAGGGCUCUCUCCUCCCCCCCCACUCCCACGCCUCUCUCCCUCUUUUCCCUUCCCCUUCACCCCCCUCUUUCCCCGGCCGACUGCGAAAUCUCUAUCUGAGGGCGGAUGCCAUGAUUCCUGAUCCGUCCUUCCCGUCUUCCCACUUUCAUGGUAGUAGAAUCUAGCUCCUCUGGCAUGGCCGAGGUGCCCUUGAAGACGCCUUUGCCUCGGAAAAGUGCCUUCUCUUGUGAGGCCUGCCGCAAGCGCAAGGUGAAAUGCAACGGCGCCAGUCCGUCAUGCUCGCGAUGCGCCGCGCGCGGGGAAGUGUGCGUCUAUAGCUUAGCCCCGACAUUAUCCUACACCAAGCAGCUGGAGACUCGAGUGGCUCAGCUGGAGGAUGCCCUUUCCAAGUUCCGGGGCCACGCUCCGUCCAACGAGGUUGAGGCUCGAAAAGGAAGCUCCCCGGCAUCAACGGGGGAGAGCAGUGCAAGUCCUGGCAUCCGGACCCGCAUCAAGGAGGAGGACAACGCCGGCGAUCUUGCUCGGGAUUUUGAAGGUCUAAAUGUUGAGCAUGACGGUCGAGUGUCCUUCCAUGGACCAACCAGUCUGUUCCAGCUGCCGAGUGGUGCGCUGAAUGAGGCCACAUCGCCUUCUCACCCGUCCCUGCAGUUGGACGGCCGAAAAGAGCGGCUCAUCAACAAUGCGUGGCGAGAGAGGGCCUUCGAGCAGAUGGCCACCAUGCCGAUUCUCAUUCGGGAUCAGGAGCCAUUUCAAUAUCUUCUUGAUUCGCACUGGUGCUGGAUCCAGCCACUUUUCAACUUCGUCUACCGGCCCACGUUCACUCGUGAUAUGAAAAUUAAUGGUCCAUAUUAUUCGGACGCUCUACUGAAUGCGGUUCUAUCCCACUCAGUGCGGUGGUGCAAGGCUGAGCCCAGGAUUGGGCCCAUACUGGAAUCUUUUGACGGCGGCGCGCAAUUUUCGCAUCGCGCAGUAUCAGGCCUGUACGACUCGCUCAAAGUUGGCCACGUUGGAAUCCCGACCAUCCAGACACUGCUUCUUCUCAGUGCACAGGAAUGCGGGCGCGGAAACCGGUCUCAGGCCUGGUUAUAUAGUGGCAUGGCUUUCCGAAUGCUGGACGACUUGGGGAUAUCGAUCGAUAGCCGCAAAUAUUCCGACUCGGCGCAUCUGACUGACGAGGAUAUUGAGGUCCGCAAUCGACUUUUCUGGAGUUGUUACUUCUGGGACAAAAUGGUCUCGCUCUAUUUUGGUCGAUCGCCCGUGAUGCAGCAGUCGCGCGUUAGUCCUCCCAGAACGAUCCUGGAUGACACCUCGGAGAUCGAGAUCUGGACUCCUCACGGAGUGGUCUUCCCGGAUGGCGCACACUAUCCGCCGACCCAGGCACACUCCACCUCCUGCUUCAUGCGGAUGUGUGGGUUGGCAGAGGUUCUAAAUCAGAUUCUAAUCCACAUCUAUGACCCCAUCCGGCAGGUUUCGGAGGCGGAGUUCUACAGCUGUGUUCAGGACCAAGCAAGGAACCUAGCUGAGUGGUGGGAGGAGUUACCGGAUUAUCUGAAGCUAAUCCCCUCGGAACUUCCUCCAUAUUCUCCUCCUAGUCAUAUAGUGAUCCUAAACUGCUUGUACCACACCAUCAACAUCCUGCUGCAUCGCCCGAUUCUCUGUUCGAAGACAAAUCGGGAAUCUUACGACAAGAGUCAUCUGGUUCAGUGCAUUACAUCUGCAACAUCCAUUCUCUCUCUGUUUGACCUUUACCGCCGCACGUUUGGGGACAGCCAUGUUGUCCUCUCUCUCUCCUACAGCGUGUACACUGCCGCCUCUAUAUUCCUCCUCGAAAUCCAGGCUUUGAAAUACGCCGCGCCAGGGACUCUGGAGAAGAUCAAAUUCUGCAUUUUCGCCCUGGAGCGGGUCAAGGCCUCUAAUCCUGUAAUUACGACUGCCCUCAGCCUAGUCUACCAAGAACUCCAGAAGCUUCAAAUCGACAUUCAUAUCGUCGUCCCUUCCACCCAACAUGACCAACCUCGACCUCAGCAUCAGUCGCAUUCCCACCCCCCAUCCCGCCACAGCCAUUCUCCUUCCCAGCACCACCCACAAAAUCAGCCGAUAGGUCUCCACAAUACGUCCCGUCACGUGUCUCCUCUACAGCAGCAAACUGCCGAGCCUUCUAUGGGGGCCUCCGUCCCAACCGCAGGCGUGAGCUCUGCAUCUAUGCUCCCCGGGUAUGCGUUCCAACAGCCGGUCACGGGCUUUGAGCUGUCGCAGACCAGCGUCCCCGCCAUGGCCACGACGCACGUUCUGGGCGGGAUGCCGAAUGCUGUCAUGACGCUCGAUAACCCCGGCGCGUACGAGAUCACGCCGGAGGUCUUCGAGGCGUUUUCAUACGCAGAGCCCAUCUCAACGAAUAUGGCGCCCGCGUUCGAUGCUAGAUUAGCAUAAAGUCAUUCCCCGCGUGGUAAACGAUGGGGUUCGAGACAACGUAAUUCACGAGUCACGAGAUGUAGACGGCGAGGGACACGCUUCAGGAUAUAUACUCAAAACUCUUCAUAUAUUCGCAACAGUUAUAGUAAAUCUAUACAUAAAUUAUUUAUAUGGCAU